CCUGUCGCUGCGGCUUUGUCCUCUUCUCCUGCCCUGUUCUGCUCUCCGGAGCUCUCGUGCGCGCGCACGUUCUCACAUGACCUGCGACUGCGCAGAGGCCAUGUCGUCCGACGCGGUGGCGGCGGCCAGGAAGGGCCGGCUCAAGCAGCGCUACGACAACGAGUUCCGCCUCGUCGCGGGGUGCGUGCCGUACCGGGUGAAGAAGGAUGACGAGGGCAACCCGUGCAGCAGCCUCGGCGGCGCCCCGGCGGAGGUGGAGGUGCUCAUGAUCUCCACGCCUAACCGGGCUGACAUGGUCUUCCCCAAGGGCGGGUGGGAGGACGACGAGGACGUCUACGAGGCGGCGUCCCGCGAGGCCAUGGAGGAGGCCGGCGUCAAGGGCGUCAUCAACAGAGCUGCACUGGGACACUGGGUGUUCAAGAGCAAGAGCAGCCAGAACAGCACCAGCCCCAGGGUCGCAUGCAAGGGCUGCAUCUUCGCCAUGGAGGUCACCGCGGAGCUCGAGUCAUGGCCGGAGCAGGAAACCCACAGCCGGCGAUGGGUCUCCCCCGCCGAAGCCUACCAGCUCUGCCGGUACGACUGGAUGCGGGAGGCGCUCACCGCGCUGCUGGAGCGGCUAUCGGUGAUCGAGCCGGUGGCCGCCGCGGCGGCCACGCAGGAGCUGACCGACCAGACAGGCAUGUACAUGAUGCUGCAGGCGAGCUCGGACGGCGCGGUGGCGCUGUGCUGAUGGACGACGCUGCCUGCUGCUGCUGCUGCUGUGGAUAACUGAUGAACGCAGCUAGCCAGCAGUCUCCCCCACAUUCAAUGGCAACCAUCAGAAGAUUAAAAAAAAAUUCAGAUACCCUAAUCACUCGUUUAGAACUUCGCAGUUAGUGAUGACUCUCCAGUACCCUGCAAGUGUCGUCUGUCCGGUAACAGCUGCACUUUGUCAAGUGUGUAUGCCUGAGGCCCUCGGGUUUGCAGGCAGCUGCCAUCCCCAACACGUUAGUGGUUAGGGCAAAACCGUCCACUUAAGAUAAAUCCAGUGCCUGCUAAUUGCUGGGGGUUCCUGUGUAAUAUCUUGUCGUGUAAUAUGUGGAAAUGGCGUGGCGACUUGUCCGUGCCUUGUGUCUGUAAAUUGCCCAUAAUAUCCUUACAUGAACUCUGCUGAAAUGAUGAAAUGUUGUGAAUAGAGUUAUCUUC